AUGGCGCCAUUUGAGGCUCUGUAUGGGAGGAAGUAUAGAACUCCCUCGUGUUGGAAUGAGACUGGAGAGGUCUCACCUGUGACCGGAGUUGGGGCUCUGAAAUCUAGAAAGUUAUCCACUAAGUUCAUUGGGUCGUUCGAUGUGCUGAGUAGAAUCAGCGCUGCAACUUAUCAAAUAGCAUUACCCCCAAAUCUUUUAAACGUACAUCCAGUGUUUCAUGUGUUACAACUCCGAAAAUAUCUGUUGGAUCAUUCUCACGUGAUUGACCUCGACCUGAUUCAAGUGAGAGAGGACUUAUCACAUGAUGUGUACCCAGUGAAGAUCGUGGAUCACCGUGUUAAGCAGUUGAAGGGCAAGGAGAUCUUGUUGGUGAAAGUGACAUGGAAUGCAAAUGACGAAGGAGAUGUUAUGUGGGAGACUAAGAAUAGGAUGAAGGAAUUGUAUAUGAAAUUAUUCAUGUGA